AUGUCGCAGUGGUCGGGUGAGCAUCGCGCGUUCGCUAUUGAAGCAUUUUUCAAGAGUAACGAUUCUUACGUACUCGCUCGCCGACAGUUUUGUUCACAUUUCAAUAUUCGACGGAUAGGCGAUGGACCGAGUGUGAAUUUAAUUCGUUCGUGGGUGGAGAGGUUCCGCGCAACUGCUUCGGCUAUGAACACACCACGGCCAGGACCUAGUCGAUCGUCAAGGACUCCCGAAAACAUUGAACUGGUUGAACGCAGUUUACGUGAAGAUGCACGACUUUCGAUACGGAAAAGGGCAGCUUCACUGGGACUUCCAAGAGCAAUUGUGCAUGAAAUUUAG